CGACUGACAGAACGACAUUGUCACCACGCUCCCUCCCGAGCCGGUAUAUCAGCGGCCGCCGGAGCCGGCCACCUUCAGUGAGCGCGAUGCCAUCGGGCUGUUUUGUGCUGUCGCUGCUCGGUGUCCUGGUGGUGGCUUCGGCCGCAGACGUAGAUGAUGGACCUCCAGUUGUCGUCACCAAGUACGGAGCCCUGGAAGGGAAGCAGGUGUCGGUGAAGGGAACGGCCAAGCCCGUCUAUAACUACCUCGGUAUCCCUUUUGCGAAGCCGCCAGUCGGUCCCUUGAGGUUCUCCGUCCCGCAGACUCCAGAGACGUGGACUGGAACACGGAAAGCGACGACCUUCGCUCCAGGAUGUCUACAGAAUUCAUCUUUGGCAGAGUUCCUGGCAGAUAUACUCUCAAUUACCUCAAGACCAGCAACGUACAGUGAGGAUUGCCUGUACCUGAAUGUGCACACGCCUGUCCGGCCCACUGACACCAAGACCAAGCUUCCCGUUAUGGUCUGGAUCCAUGGUGGGGGCUUUGUGUUGGGGAGUUCAUUACCCUUCGAUGGAUCUCCACUUGCAGCGUACGAGGAUGUGGUGGUCGUGGUGAUCCAGUAUCGGCUGGGAGUUCUUGGAUUCCUCAGCUCAGGGGACGAGCAUAUGCCGGCAAACCUGGGAAUGUUGGAUCAGAUCGAAGCGCUGAAGUGGGUCCAAGAAAAUAUCAAGAGCUUCGGAGGAGAUCCCAACUCGGUCACCGUAUUCGGGGAGUCUGCUGGAGGAGUAGCUGUAUCGUUGCUCCUUGCUUCUCCCUUGGCAAAAGGUCUGUUCCACAAGGCGAUAUCCGAGAGUGGCUCUGCUCUGCUGAAAUUACUUUUUAACACUGAUCCAAAAGCAACAGUUCAGGAGAUUGCAAGCAAGGUGGGCUGUGGCCUGAGCACCUCGCUGGAGGUUGUGGUUUGCCUCAGGAACAAGUCUGAAGAAGAAAUGCUUAACCUCACCCAGAGCGCUAUGAUUACACCUAUAGUGGUGGAUGGGAUCUUCCUAACGAAAAAUGCCGAGCAGGUCUUUGAAGCCAAAGAAAUGACUGUGGUCCCCUACUUGUUGGGAAUCACCAAUCACGAAGCUGGUUGGUUAUUAUCAAUGGUGUGGAAUUCACCAGGCUGGGAGGACGGACUGGACAGGGAGACCUCCAAAAAAAUCCUCUAUGCAACAAAACUCCUGACAGAGGAGGUGGCGCAACAAGCCCAGGACGAGUACAUGGGAGACACACAGGACAGGACAGAGAUCAGAGACCUACACCUUGAGUUGCUGGGAGAUGUGUUUAUGUUAGAGCCUACAAUCCGAGCUGCCAGAUAUUUCAGAGAUGCAGGGUGUCCUGUCCAUCUGUACGAGUUCCAGCACAGGACCAGUAUCCUUAGCAAGAGCCGCCCUGAUUUUGUGAAGGCUGACCACGGAGACGAGAUUGGUUAUGUCUUUGGUAGUGCUUUCUGGGAUGGAGAUAUUUUGAUAAAUGGGAGCGUGACUGCUGAGGAGAUGGCAUUGAGCAGAACUAUAAUGAGAUACUGGGCCAACUUUGCCAAGACUGGGAACCCCAAUGGCGAGGGACUGGUACUGUGGCCAGUCUAUGAUCAGAGUGAGAGCUACCUGCAGCUGAACCUGAAGCCGACGGUUGGGACGAAGCUGAAGGAACAUCGAAUGAAGAUCCUGACCAAAGUCCUGAAGCCCCAAGCUGGGGGCACGAUCAAACAAACCCCAGAGAGCCGUGCUGGGGCAGAGAACGAGCAAAGCUCGACUGGUGAUAAAGGCCAGAGGGUAGAUCUGUAGCCCCCAGCAAGCACAUGUUAAACCCUCAGCUUAAAUGAACUAACUCUGUGAGCCUGCUUCCAGCUCAAUGCCACUGGAAUGGUUGUGCCACCUUGUCAGGCAAAAUAAGGACUGGCAGGAGAGGGGUGCAGAAGCCUUUCAGCUGAUGAUCUAACCCAGCUCAUUCAUUAACAAAUUCUCUUCAACCCAUCACCUCUAUAGGUAGUCGACAACAGCUUGUUUUUCCUCACACUCUCACACAAAGUGCUGGAGGAACUCUGCAGACAAACAGCAUCUAUGGAGGGGAUAGAACAGUCAAAGUUUUGGCCUGAGAUCCUUCACUUAGAAUUCUAAAGAAUCUGGAAUCUCUGGAGUUGAUGUUUUCUUACCCAGUUUGGAGGAAGCAUCACCUGAUCUGAAACAUUCCCGUUUCUCUCUCCAGGGACACUGCCUCACUGGCUGACUUCUUCCAUGGCCUCCUCUUCUGCCGUGAUGAGGCCACUCCUCUUUCCCAUUCUCCCAUGGUCCACUCUCCUCACCUAUCAGAUUCCUCCAGCCCUUUACCCUUGCUACCUAUCUCCCCCCCCCCCAGUUUCUGAGUUUGUCUCCCCUCCCCACCCACCCAGGUUCACCUAUCACCUUCUAGCAUGUCUUCCUUCCCUUCCCCCACCUUCAUAUUCUGGAACCUUCCCCCUUCCUUUCCAGUCCUGAUGAAGGGGUUUGCCUGAAACAGCAACUUCCAUUUCCAUAGAUGCUGCCUGACCUGCUGAGUUCCUCCAGUGUUUUGUGUGUGUUGCUCUGGAUUUCCACCGUCUGAAGAAUUUCUUGUCUUUAUUUUUCCAGCCUUUGUUUUGUUUUGUUUUCCAACAUCUGCAGUUUUAUUUGCUUUCCUUGUUCUACUCUUCAAAUAGUUUGUGGCUGAACUCUGACCCACCCAUUAAACUAUUAACAACUUUGGUUAAUAAUGAUCCACACAAUCUCAGCUUUAAUGGCAUCAUGGUAUAGUUGUUGGUUAGCCAACAACUAUUUUGGCUCAGGGCAUUGGAGUUCGCAGUUCAAUUCCAGUGUCCUCUAAGCAAGUUUGUCUGUAACUUCACGCGUGCAUUGGUUUGUUCCAGUUUCCUCCCACAGUCCAAAGACGUACUGGUUAAGGGGUUAAUUGGUCAUUGUAAAUUGACCUGUGAUUAGGCUAGUGGUAAAAUAGGUGGGUUGCUGGGCGAUGCAGCUCUUAGUUGCAGAAGGUCCUGUUCUACACUGCAUCUCUAAAUAAAUAAAGUUAACAGUUGACUUAACACCAGUUGUUUCUCUGUUGAAGAGGUCCAAGCUCUGCCACCUUGUGGAUCCAUUUCCUAACUGGACUCUUGGAAGGCCUGGUCUUCAUCUCUGCCCCUCAGUAUGAGGGUGUCCAUCACAAAGAUAGCUUUCAUCUCCCUACCCUAUCACUUCCUUCAACACCCUGCAUAGAUCAGCCCCAAUGCCUAAACUCCAGUGUCCUUAUCAUGUAGUCCCUGACGUCAAAGUUCCAUUUGGAUAAAUCUGAACUUUUAGGGGCCAGUCUCUCCUUGAUUGGGCAGGGUCCAACCAGUGUGUAUAUUUGUGUGACACACCCUCCACCCUAUCCACUCCAGUCCUCUCUCUGUAAAGGCUAGCAUUUCAUCAAUUUUUCUGUAAUUUAUCAGAGUUUAAUAGUCUAUGUACAUGGUCCAGCAAGUCUCCAGAGCAUAAUUGCUGCUAUCCUUUUACUGAUUAUAAGGUACGAAGUUCUAUCCUUCAACAGGCUGGCAUUUUCCUGUACUAAUAUCUGUUUGCCAUAAUUAUUUUUCUAUUUGCUUAAAUAUUUCUUUAUAAUUUGAUGCUUCCAUUCAGCCGUGGGUGUGUGUGUUUGAUGUGUGUGUGAUUAACAGGUGUGGAAACAUGGUUUUCAUUUCGAUCACCUCAGUGUCACUGUAACCUGAACAUUGACCUGUUCACCAAUCCCAAUCCGUAUUUCAGAUUCAGAUUAGUUAUCACAUGAACAUGGAAGCACACAGGGAAAUGCAUCAUUUGUUGGUUAACAACCAACACAAUCUAAGGAUGAGCCACCAUGGUAGCGUAGUGGUUAGUGCGACCCUCAGGCAGCGGAUUUCAGAUUUCAAUUCCGGCAUCCUCUGUAAGGAGUUUAUACAUCCUCGACGUAGAGUGCGUGGGUUUCCUCCCACAGUCCAAAGACGGACCAGUUGGAAGAUUAAUUGGACAUUGUAAGUUACCCUGUGAUUAGGCUGGGGAUAAAUCAGUGGGUUGCUGGCAGUGCAGAUUGAAGGGUCAAAUCAAUCAAUAAAUCAAUAAAUAAAUAAAUGUGUUGGAGGCUGCCCGCAAGUGUCACCACAAUUCCGGUCACAACACAGCAUGCUCACCACGUUCAGCAGAACACCACAAACAACUGGUACUCCACCAUUUUAGCAGCCAAGUAAAUAAUUUGCAUUAAUUUUCAUUUAUUGCAAGUCACGGUAACAGCUUUUUUGAGGGGGACUUUAUCAAGUGCCGGUGGAGGUCUGUUAAAUAUUGUGACACUUCGUGAGAGGCAUGGUCAGCAGCCUGCCCCUGCAUUUCUAAUGAUCAACGCUGUUUAUAUUUAUGUUAAAAUGCUUUUGUGGGAUUAUGGUGCGAAGUUCAAGUUAAUUUAUUACAUUUUAGCUUGGGUUAUGCAGUUAUUUGCUUGUGUAUUUGUGGGUCACCCUAACUGUAACCAGGGUGUGUGAUGAUCACUUCCCCUGUCUGUAUGAGACUAAGCUGCCCUCUCUCUGGGUCAGGUGCCAGUCUGUUUUGUGUUUGUCACAAUAAAAUAGUUGUGUUUAAUGAGCUUGUCUGUCAUUAUGGACCAA